AAAUUGCAUUGAAAUUAUUUAAUAUUUUACGCACUGCAUUGUAAAUUAAUAAAACAUUGUGAUUAAAAAAACUAUUGAAGUCUACUUUUUUAAAUUUUGGAAGCGUUUUAAUUGAAAUAUAUCAAAAUUCCUCCAGCUGCGAUCAAUCAAGGCACAUCUCUCCGAAGCACUGACUGGCUUUCGGAGAUGUUGACGGCGUGCGAGGCGGGCGAGGUGUUCGCGCUGCUUGAGGGCGGCGCGGAGGGCGCGCGCUCGGCCGGCGACGCCCUCUGCGCGCUGUACAGCUCCGUGCGCGAACCCUGGCUCACGCGCGCCCUGCUGCUGUACCACGCGCGCACCGGCUCCGCGCGCGCCCUCGAGCUGCUGGCGCGCGCGCCCGAGCCGCACGUGCGCCACCUGCUGGACCAGCUGCACGACCAGCUGCGCGCCGACCGCGCCGCCCGCCACCACGCGCUCUCCGCCCUGGCGCCGCUCGUGGCGCGCCGCCCGCCCUGGCUGCACCGCCUGCCCGACCACCCGCUGGCCCGCGACCUGGUGCGCGCCGCCCUGCGCGAGACCGACGCGCUGCCGCUCCUGCACGCGCUGCUGGCGCUGGCCGCCCUGCUGCCGGCCGCGCCCGCCCUCGCCACUUCCUACCCGCAGGACCUCACCGAGACUCUGCUACGUCCCGCCCAUAUCGAACAGAAUCUUCCGCCGCCUACUCGCGCUCACCUCCAUCUUGGCCAACUGGCUCUAUUUCGAGCCAUCUACGCCACGCAUCCUUGCACGCUGCUAAAAAUGUUACGCGACUACGGCUCCAAAUUGAACGUGGGAGCUGCCCGCGCCGCCUGGGAGCGCGCCGUGGCCUCGCUCGCGUCGUCCGUGCGCCUCCACCCCGCCAUCCUCACCGGCUCACAGACGCAGGAGGCGGACACCACGCGGUGGGCCAGGCGGGAGAUACACGAUGUAGUCGCGGAGACGCGUCGGCUCUCUAUUCCCGCUCGGGAUGACCCGGCGCCCUCCCCGCAGCCGAUGCUACCCACAGCACCCACCGCACACUCCCCGGCCCCGGGCUCCGGAGCGCACGCCGCCCGGGCUGCAUCCGCGCUGCGCCCGGGGGCAGAGCCCUGGUUCCCGCUUGCAGAACGUUGUGGCGGGGAUUCGGCCCCACCGACUCCAUUACCAGCGGACACCGAUACUGGAGAGCCUCCCGAGGCCGCGGUCGAAGCAACUCCGGAGAACACACCAGCUCGAGACACUCGGGCUCAGUUUCGCUUUCCUAUGGAUUCGGGCGCGGUGCGAGCGAUCGGCCGGAAGUCUCGCGGCGCGUCCCCUCCCCGCAAGGAGACGUCCCCGGCGGCGGACGUGUACUCGUCCCGGCUGGCGCGCGUGGUGCAGGAGCGUCGGGCGGUGGACUCGCCCGUGCCCUUCUCGGGGACGCAGCCCUCCGCCGGCGUGACCAGGCCGGAGCCCAGUCGCCCCGCACCGCUGCUCGACAUGGAGCCGUUUAAUGUAGAAGACCGCGAGGUGCUGGAACUCACCCGCUGCGCCGACGUCGACGAGGAGUGGCCCGAGGGCGGAGGCGCCAGUGAGAGAGCGGUAGUGCUGGACGCGCGGCGCCGUGCGCGGUCCCCGGGCCGAGGGGCGGCGGGCGGGCGCGAGCGAGGCUCCCUGUACCGCGCGGCGUCCUGCGACCGGGACUCCGGCGCCGCCCGUCGCUCUGUCGCCGUACAAACGGUCGACCUCUGGCCGGAACCGUACGAGUUCAUAAUCGCCGACUUCUAUAGAACAUUACCCGACGACACUGCUCGCCAGGGUGAGUCUAGUGCCCCUUGCGAACGCCUCGAGACAUAUUUAGCGGAGCUGUACGCGGGCCGGACUUGCUCCUCCAGCGGAGAUGACCAGGUCGCGCUCCUGCACGCGCAGCUCAUGUACGAGCGGUGGCGCCGCGAGGCACACGCCGAGAGGAACCGGCGCCUGCUGGGCCGCUGCCGCCAGGUCCGCGCGCUGGAGCUGCGGAACCAGGCCCUCGCCGAGCGGGUCCGCGCCCUCACGCGCGAGCGGGACGAGCUGCGAGCCUGCGCCCUCCGCGACCCGCCGCCCCCGCCCCCGCCGCCCGCCGACCCGCUCGCCGCCCUGCACGAGGAGCGCGCCGCCCGCCUCCGCGCCGAGGCCGCGCUGCACGAGGCCGAGGCCAUGCGCGCGCACGAGACCGCCGAGCUGCAGCGCCAGCGCGGGGACGCCUUCGAGGUCGCGCGACACGUGGACGCGCUCGCACGCGCCGCCCUCGCCGCCGAGCGACGCGCCGAGCACGUCAAGCGGCUGCGGCGCGAGCUGCUGGUGCUGGCGGAGCGGGAGGCGCGGCUCAGCGAGGCCGUGCGGGAGGCCACCCGCCCCGCCGCGCCCCGUCCCGUCGCGCCACGCCCCGCCGCGCCACGACCCGACGAGCGGUCUGCGCGAGCAGCCCUGGCGCGCGCCGAGGCGGAGGCGGAGGCGGCUACUGCUCGCGCCGAGCUGGCCGCGGCCCGCGCCCACGAGCUGGAGACGACGCUGGCCGCGCGCGACGCCGCCAUCGGUGAGCUGAAGAGGGCCACGCGCGCGGCGGCGGAGGAGGGCGCGGCGCGGCUGCAGGCGCUGCAGGACAAGUACUCGUCGCUGCUGCGGCUGCUGCGAGCCGCGGACGCGCGACAGCUGGAGCUGCGGGCCGAGCAGCCGCCGCCCCCCGCGCGCGCCCCGCCCCCCAGCUAAUUGUCCGCGGGGGGCCGCGCCAUCGGCUGACGGCCCGACGCGGUGCGACUGAUCGCGUGCACGACGCUCUCGUCCCUCUUCCGCAAAUAAUUCGGAGCCAUUGUAAGGGACGUCACGACACGACGUAAAUCCAAAUGAAAUAAAUGUCGUAAUGUACUAAGAAAUGUAAUUUUUCACAAUAAUAAAUUGGAUCUAUAAUAUAUUCCUCUAUAUCGCACUAUGUAGUCUAAUUUAAGUAUAGCUUUCGUUUAGGAGUGUCACAUGCCCGGGAUUCAUUGACGAGUGUUUAUACAAAUAAUCGUACUAUAUAACAUAAGCUACCAGAACACGGGCUCGCCGGCCGCGUCGAGCUGCGCACACGUACAUACUAUAUAUAUACACGCUGCAUGAGGUCCAUCCCUAUUCUUGAUUAUUACAUUUUGGUUAUUGUUUUUGUACGUACACAAUGUAAUGAAAGGGCAAUGUAACAUAACUUCUAAGGCAUUCAUUAUACAAUGUAAUGUGUUGGCUGAUUAAAUAUACGCCUU